AUGCCAGAGCACGAGACCACAGAUCUGCCUGAUAAGGAGCGGUUGUUAUUUCCGGUCUCCUGCGUGACUUGCAGGAGACGAAAAAUCAAGUGUGAUAGAGUGCUGCCUUGUCUCUCAUGUGUUAAAAGAGGCGAAGACUGCCGGUAUCCAGAGAAAUACAGAUCCAUUGAGAUAUCCCAAUUUGUUCCGCAGCUUAGAGAUGUGGAGGAGAACCUUUCCGGGGGUUCUGAAAACCAAAGCCUACUACAUGAUAUUGUAAGACUUAAAGAGGACAAUCAUGUUUUGCUGACUGAACUCAAGAGAGUGAACAGGAACAGGGCUCUUAGUGCUCUGGGAAUUAGUCCGGCAAACAGCAGGAAAAGAGAUCGAGAUCAGGAGAAAAACAUGGCCACUUGUCCGGCAAAGGAGAUGUCAUACCCCAUGACCGAUGAAGACUUUUCUCUUAGUAGGAUCAAUCAGUAUUUUGUGGGAGGCCAAUCGAAGUUUUUGGUCACGGAGUUGGUAUUAGCAAAAGAUUCCUACAAUUUGGAAAGAUUUAUCAAAAUGGGCGAUGUGCCCGUGAGUUUUGGUCUCACAAAGAUGGUCAUAGACGACGACAAGGCCAAUUUUCACUUGACGAAAACACUUUGCGAUACUUUCUUUAAGAGCAGGUCUUAUUAUAACAAUUUCAUCAGCAAGAGCUAUAUCAACGGCUACCUGGAGAGAUAUCCUGCCUCACUGAAGGAUCCAGACAGUCACGAUACUAUCAUGUUGAUCACUAUGAUGUGUUUGUCGGUGGUUAGAUUCUUGCAUGAUACGAAUCCAUUAUUGACACCUUACAAGGUGGAUUUUCACACGCUAAGGCAGCAGCUUUACACCAAGUUUUUUUUCCUGAAAACGAUAACUAAACCCUUCAAUGUAUACAGAAGACAAGCGUUGAUACUGGCUUGUGAGGACUACUACUUUCAGACGGAAACAGAGAUGGCGUUUGCGUUGCUUUAUGAGAUUGCUGGCAGUUUCAACAGGCAACUCAUAGAUGAAAGAACAUCUCUGUUGAUGGAACAAUUCAAUAUGCCCGGUAUGGGGUCACAUGAGAAGGUGAAGGUGGUUCGUGAAGACUUGGAGGUAGCAUCUUGGUUGGCUGCGACGUCGCUUGCUAACGUGGUCAGCGCUGCUUUUGUGAGAUCUACCGCCAAUUUGUUUCCAGCUAGUCCGUUAUGCAAAUAUGCAGACAUUCGCAUCGCGUAUAACCUGGGUAUUGGCGAGCUUUUGAAGGCUACGGUGCAGGUUUUGAUGGACGUUGCGGGAGUAUCGAGUGCGCACAAUAAGGAAUCGAUUAUGGAGCUUCAGGAUGCCUGGACACAGGAAUUGACCAUUUACAAGGAUCUUUUGGGAGGAAACGUGGAAAAGAGAAAGGAGGUGUUGAAGGCAUUGCAGAAGAUGAACGCUACCGACUUGGACGGAUCCAGUUCCGAUGACUCUGUGCCAGACGCCGGGUUACGUUCUUACGAGGAUAUCGGAAACACGGAGAAUUUACUGAUUGACUCAGACUUGGAGCUUCUGUCUGAUUUGUUGAUGGGUUAUGUUGGUAAAGGGCUUUUGUCAGAGACAUAUAUGCUACGAUGUCCUAAUGGUUUAGACGAUACUCUGGAGUCGAUCAUCAAGGCAUUGAACAUCAUGGCCGAUCUUCUAAGACUCUUGGAGGAAAAGAAGAAGAAGUGUUUGAAGUCUGCAUUUCCUUUUGCUCACCAGUCUGUUACGAAAGUGGUUAACAUGGUGUACACUAUUCUUCACCUGGAUUACGAUUUUAUCUAUCCGUCCCACUUGAAAAUUGCCCUGAUACGUCAAAAACUGCUUGUUAUCGCGGACCGCUAUUCCAUUUACUGGCAAAUAAACUUUGGAAAUAUUACAAGUGAUAUUUCGUUCAUGAUGCUGAAAUAUGAGCAACGCCUGAAGAACAGUUUGGAUAUCGAUUGCACUCCUUCAACCGAAGAUUCCGAUUUCAAAUCGACUUCACAGAGUGUCUCAGGAAGUGGACUCACCCCGCAAAGUUACCUGGGCCAUGAUUAUGCGUCUUUUGCGGGUGAUUCUCCAAAGCACAUGACCAAUAUUCUGGGUGAUCUGGAGGUCUCGUUGAGCCUGAUGCCACCUCUACCCAAUAGCGAGCAGUGGAUGAUGGCAGCUUCAGGCACUCCCGGGAACGGUACGAGUCCAGCGUUCUCGUAA